UUUCCAUUGCUAACAAUUUCAAUUACUCUUUGUGUUAGAAGGAUUACCAAGUAAAUAUACUCUUUCAAAAACUAUCACGGGGUGAGUCAGCAACAAGUUUAUAGAAUUACAACUCUAAUAUCCAGGGUUCGAUACUUCGCGGAAUUGAAAUAACUUACUUAUUGUGCAGCUUUGUGAUGAAAAAUCUAUGAAAAACUAGUGUUGCAUUAUAACUUUACAUUAAUUUAUAGGCAUGUUUGUUUUUGUCUUCCCUCCUUUUCCACUUCAAAAAUACUGCCUUUGUUCUUUUAACCAAUGCUGCAAAGAGACCAAAAAUAAAUACGUACUCUGGUACUGAAACUAAAGUUAAACACCACAACAAGCUAGUGUCCUGAAGCGUUUUUUUGGGGUCAAGUUUAAAAUGGCUGCAGUAAGUGCUGAAACUGUUUCUUUGAAUAAUAAGGGUGUUGUCUCCAUUGUAAAAAGAGCUGACCCAGACAGACUUCGACUGAUCUUCUUAAAAUACGCAAGCAUUGAAAAAAAUGGAGAACAUUUUAUGACCCCUGUUGACUUCGUUCAAGGGUUCCUGGGAUUAUAUAAAGAACCAAACUAUAAUCCUACUACUGUCCAGCUUUUAGGUAACAUUCUUGAUACCUCUAAAGAUGGCCUUAUAUCAUUUCCGGAAUUCCAUGCAUUUGAAGGACUCUUAUGUCAACCAGAUGCUCUUUAUCGAGCUGCAUUUCAACUGUUUGAUACGAAUGGCUCUGGAUUUGUUACCCAUGAUGAAUUUGAAGAAAUUGUGGGUUACACUACACUGCAUGAGAAGAUUCCAUUUGACUUCAAAGGUGAAUUUAUGAGAUUACAUUUUGGUGACAAUCGAAAGCGUACUGUUUCCUAUACAGAAUUUUCUCAAGUUCUUCAUGAUUUUCAUGAGGAGCAUGCUGUCCAAGCUUUUAGACGCUAUGACAAGAAGAAGAUUGGUACCAUUACUCCACUAGACUUCAAUGAUAUAAUGAUAUCAGUAAAAAGCCACUUGUUAACAGAAAGUGUGAAACAGAAUUUAGUUGCUGCUACUGAAGGACAUAUGGUUACAUUCCCAUAUUUCAUGGCAUUCAACAGUCUUUUAAACAAUAUGGAACUGGUUAAAAGAAUCUACCUUAACUUUACUAAUGGAAAUAUGAAUCAGGAAGUAACCAAAGAGGAAUUUCUCUAUGCUGCCCAGCAGAUAUCAGCAUUGACUCCAAUGGAAGUAGAGAUUCUUUUUCAGUUGUCAGGAUUUCUUCAUCAACAAACUGGGAGAGUAAUAUAUCACGAUUUAGAAAAAAUUGCUUCUCAGCGUUAUGCCAAAAUUUUAUUUAGACCAUUUGCAGAGGUUAAAGCUGUUGAAAGUGCAGCUGACAGAAAUGUGAGCAUUCAGAUCCUAGAAAGUGUAUACAGAUUUUUCCUUGGUUCUAUUGGUGGAGCGGCUGGAGCUACUAUGGUCUAUCCUAUUGAUCUUGUGAAAACCCGGAUGCAGAAUCAGAGGACAGGCUCUUACAUUGGUGAGCUGAUGUAUCAAAACAGUUUUGAUUGUGCAUCAAAAGUUAUUCGACAUGAAGGUUUCAUGGGCCUUUAUCGUGGACUUCUUCCACAACUAGUUGGAGUUUGUCCUGAGAAGGCUAUCAAAUUAACAGUAAAUGACCUUGUACGAGACAAGAUUAUGACUGAAUCUGGAAACAUCCCACUGUGGGGUGAGAUCCUAGCUGGUGCUUGUGCAGGUGGUUCUCAAGUAAUGUUUACGAACCCAUUAGAAAUAGUGAAAAUUCGACUGCAGGUGGCAGGGGAGUUGGCUGCUGUAGGUUCUAAAGUUCGUGCCUGGGGAGUUAUCAGAGAACUAGGACUAAGAGGACUUUAUAAGGGAUCCAGAGCAUGCUUCCUAAGGGAUAUUCCUUUCUCAGCCAUCUAUUUCCCUGUGUAUGCUCAUACCAAAUUGGCCAUGGCAGAUGAGAGUGGACAUAAUGGACCUUUGUCUCUUUUAGCAUCUGCUUUUAUAGCAGGUGUACCAGCUGCUUACCUAGUUACCCCUGCAGAUGUUAUCAAGACUAGACUACAGGUUCAAGCUAGGCAAGGCCAAACUACUUACAGUGGUGUGAUAGAUGCCUUUGGGAAGAUAAUAAGGGAAGAAGGAUUAGCAGCAUUCUUCAAGGGUGGUCCAGCUCGAGUUUUCCGGUCUUCUCCUCAAUUUGGGUUUACUCUGUUGACGUAUGAAAUCUUGCAAAGGUUAUUCUAUGUGGACUUUGGUGGAAGGCCACCACAAGGUUCCGAAGUUACAGUGCCUAUCCAACCAUCUGAGAAGAGGUCUGAGCAUCCUGACCAUAUUGGUGGUUACAAGCUUGCUCGAGCUGUAUUCUCAGGAAUGGAGUCUAAGUUUGGACUUUUCCUACCCAGAUAUAGGUUACCUGGGAGUAAUGAACUAUUGUAAAGAAUCAAGGACUUCAGACUUGUAUCAUUUAGUUAUGUAACCACAAAGCAUAUCAAGAGAAACUUCCAACAAGAUACAUUGAAGUCAGCAGGAAAAGAUGCACUUUUUGAUUUAAACUAAACUUGUGAACAUCAAGUUGCUUUUUUUUUUGCAUGUGUUUGAAUUUAUAUGUAAAUUUUAUGAUUUUUAUCCCAUAGUAAGUCUUCCACACUGUAGUCUUUCCAAGACUGGUUUUGCGAUUUUUCUUUUUUACAUAUCUUCUAUAGUGAUGGGGUAUGAAAACAUACUGUAAGCUUACAAUUGUCUAGUGGGUGAAUGCAAUGCAGUUAUUAAGGCCAGUAUCUUGUUUUCUAGUUUGAGUGAAGAUAAUGUUGCACAUAUUAGUGCAUUUUGGACAUUGCAAGACUUAUGGUCUCUUUCAAGCCUCUCUCUGAAUACUGAAAGUCUUACCUAUAGCUUUAAUUAAAGAAACUUCUAAGAAGAUUCCCUGUCAUGAUUAAACCCCUGUGUUUAUGACUUUCAGACAGUUGCAAGUCAUUCAGUGAAAUGAUUAAUACAAUUAAUAGCCAAGCAUAAAAGCAUAUAUUUUUAAAGAGCUUACAUUUUAUAUGGAACAAAGAGAGAGAGACAGAGUUUUUUGGUUUUUUUCCAGCUAUCUAUAGAUUCUAGUUUAAAAUCAAAUAAAGUAUAGUGCUGAUUUUUUAGAUAAUUAAAAUAGAAAUAGUAAAUUUAAAUGUAUAACAUUCAAUUUCUUAGCAGGUAGCAUGAUUUUUUUCAGAAUUUGUGGUUUUUACUUUAUUAUAUGUUUUUUUUAUAAUAUUAGAACAUACCUCAAACUGGUUAUGCUGUGAUAUCGUUACUGUACUUGUUGUACUUAUAAUGAAUAUAUUUUAUAAACCUAUCUCUUUUCUUUGCAAUGUUUUUGAAAACUAUUUCACAUGGAAUAGUGGAAGGUAUAUGGUAAAAAUUAAACAUAUUGUGGAAUAUAUCAUUUUGUUAGUACUAAUCAUUUUCAAUAUCAAAAACUUCCUAACUUUCUUUGUAUAGGCUAUUUUUAUAAUAUUUAGAGAAGCAAGAUAUGAAACUAAAUAAUUUUUUAUAGCCAUUGUAGUUUAUAUAAAAUUCCUUCUAGAAGAUAAGAAUUGAAGUCACUACACUAAAAUGUUUUUUGUUCAUAAAGGAUUUCAUUUGCAUUUUUUAUCACCUUUACCAAAAAUGUUUGAGAGAUAUAGCAGUGAUAUUUUCCAUUCAUUUGUCAGUCUGUAGACAUCUAAUUUUCUGCAUGAUAAAUAGUUCUGAAUAGUGUAUUUCACUCAAACUUCAUUGGGUAUGGGGAAAAACUAUAUUGAUUUUGUGGUUAAAAGGUCAAGGUCACUAUUUGAAAUAAAAAUAGAAAUUUGAAUUUUGCUGAAAAGAAAACACAAUCUUUAAGUACACAAACAGGGGAAUCAGCCUUUCUACUGACUGUUUUUUUUUUUUUCCUAAAAAUGUUGCAGUUACAUUUGAUAUAAAUAACUUUAAUCACCAUAAAAGAUAAAAAAUCCAUGCUUUAAUUUGGUCAGCAUAAGUAGAGAAGAAACAGCAAAAUUGCUGAUAAAAAUAAUUCUUUCUGCACAUACAGAUUUUGAGGACUAAGCGAUUUACCUAAAAAAGCCUGCUUUUCUGAACAGCAGAAUUGUUAAAAUUCAGAAAUUUAAUUAGUACACUUUGUAUUAGAUCUUCAGUUAUUUUAUUCAUCUCUGCAUUUUUUGAUUUAAAGAUAAAAUUAAUACUUUAUAAUAAUGUAUGUCUUCUUGCAGUAUUUUACUCACAAGCAUCAAAGUUUGACAAAAUUAGUGCAUUACUAAGUGCCAUUUCAUAUAAUUUUUGAGAUAAAUUAUACAGAUAAAUUUUGUUUGUAUUUUUAAUGUCCAACUUGUUAUUGCAAAGUGCCAGAUGUUUUUAUGGUAAAGGCAGAGAAAUAGUUAGUGAGUGCUAUGGUUAUAAUUACAGAAUACAACAUAAGUUGUAUAUAUCUAUAUCAGCAGCAUGAAGUGCCUUAAUUGAGAGUCAAUGGAUAUUUUAUAUUUAAAAUUGUAUGUGAACAGAAGCAAUACUUCAGAUCAGAAGUACCAUCAUAUUCUGAUCAUUUAGUAGUUGUAUUUGUUAAUAAAAUGUUAUUUUUGUAACCAAUGCUCUGGAAUACUUUGGAAAGAUUGUCAAACUCAUAAAACAGUUAAAUAAAGGGCAAAAGGGUGAGUUGGUAUUCAAGCCCCAUUUCAUUUGCUGGUAUUAGAUAAGCUUUUCAUCAUCCUUUUCACAUUAUUAUUGUUUUUUUUAUCUUGUUAAAAUUCAAAACUUUUGUACUUUUCUUUUAUUUACAACUUUAAUACCAUGCAACUGCUGAACUUUUCUCUGAGAGAUUAUCAUAUUAUUAUUAGAAACAGAGAAUAUUUUAAUACAUAAGUAGUACUAAGAUUUUGACAGAAAAUAAUUUGUGCUAUCCUUCAUACCAAGAUCCUUUGUUUAACUUUGAAAGUUAAAUCUGUAUAUUUUAUAAAACUUAUUGUGUAUUCUCUUUACCUAAUUUUAAAAUUAGUUCAUAUAUGAACUCAGUAGAUAAUACUCAUCUUUAAAGUGUCUAAUUUAAUACAUAAACAUUUUGAUUAGUGUAGGCAAUUACAAUUAGUUCAAUAGACAUAUAUCAAGAAUUUUAAUUGCAUAUUGAAAGUUAUUUUCCAGUAUCCUAAUCCUGUCAUGCUGGAUCCAUGAUAGUGAAUUUUUAUCUGUAUGAAGGAGGUGUGCAGUAUCCAUUAAGUACAAUGAAUGGUGCAACUGUAACUUCUUUCCAAGCUUUAAUUAAAUAAUUCAAAUAAUUUUUGUUACAUAGUAUACUUAUAGUGUUGACAAGACAGCCAAGUGAAUCUUUAAUGUUUUGCCUUAAUAUUUUGAUUGGUUUCAUAACAAUAUACAGUUUAAAAGCAUCACUUAAGUUAUUGAUGUUUUAUGUUUAUGUGAAAAUGAUUUUAAGUUUCUUCAGUUUAAAUAGUUUCAUAAAAAAAGUUUACAUUGUGCCAUUGUAUAAGAUUUGGUUCAGGUAGAAAUCCAUGUUUGGAGAAAAACCUAAGGUUUGAUCUACAGAUACCUGUGCUAUAAUAUAUAGUAUCCUGAGAUUUAUGAAAAUUAUGUUUUCUAGUAUAACCAAAAAUGAAGCUGUGUGUGUAUUUCUUUUGGAAUGCUGUGUAUGGUAUUUAGAAUACCAUAAAACAUACUUUUUUAUAUAAACAAAUACUGCUGGAAGGCAUAAGUUGCUCAUUUUUUGUCCUUUAACACCUUUCAAUAGUGCUGCUACAAUGAAAAUUGUUUGGUUUUGCAUAACCUUUGUUUAAUAUCAAAUAUCUAUCUGAGGUACUUUUUUAAAGGAUGUAGUAUUUUCUAUGGAAAGCUUAGGUAGCCAUUUGAUUUUAUGAAAAAUUAUGUUUAUUUGUAGAUUUUAAAACGAUUUUGUAGAAUUAGUGUUAGAGGUGUUAGGUUGGUUGGUGGAUUGUUAAUUGGGACAAGUUAUUCAAAACGUGUUUACAUGUAUUUUUAAACAAACAAUAAAUUUCACUUGAUAAUCAA